GGCCGGGGCGGGGGGCGCGCCGCUGCGGCACUACCGGUGUCCGCGGCGGCUGGUGGUGGCGCGGCCUGCGCGCGCCUCCCGAGCGGAUUCCGGUCCCGAGGGCGGGAGCGCGACGAGGGGCGACAAGAUUCCUCUGCUCCGGAUUCAGGGCCUGAGGAUGAAUGGUCACCGGGGCAGUGACGGCGACAGGUUGCUGCGGCCGGAGGCCAACCGUCUGGUGGACGAUAGCUUAGCUGCAGCACCAGAGAAAGAGACAAGGGGCCUGGCCGUGCCCGGGCUUCACCCUCUCCCUUACCCGCUGGUGCCCAGGAGCGAAGACGCUGCCCUUGACUUUGCCUCUCAGCCAGCAAGUCUUCAGUUUCCUCACGCAAUGCAGCUUUCCGAGGACAUCAAAGGCUCUUGUUUCCCAGGCGGGAGUAAACGCAGCCACGAGCCCUUUAUUGCUCCAGAAAGAUUUGGAAACAGCAGCGUGGGCUUCAGCAGUAACUCUCACUCCCCAGCCCCGGAGAAAGUGACGCUUCUCGUAGAUGGCACACGGUUCGUUGUGAAUCCACAGAUUUUCACUGCUCACCCGGACACCAUGCUGGGAAGGAUGUUCGGACCGGGAAGAGAGUACAACUUCACGCGGCCCAACGAGAAGGGGGAGUACGAGAUUGCCGAGGGCAUCAGUGCGACUGUAUUUCGCACAGUGCUGGAUUACUACAAAACUGGCAUCAUCAAUUGUCCAGAUGGCAUCUCUAUCCCUGACCUCAGAGACACGUGUGAUUACCUCUGCAUUAACUUUGACUUCAACACUGUCCGCUGUCAGGAUCUGAGUGCUUUGCUGCACGAACUGUCUAACGACGGCGCUCACAAGCGGUUCGAUCACUACCUCGAAGAACUCAUUCUGCCCAUCAUGGUCGGCUGCGCCAAGAAAGGGGAGCGGGAAUGCCACAUAGUUGUGCUGACCGAUGAGGAUUCGGUGGACUGGGAUGAAGACCACCCCCCACCCAUGGGGGAGGAAUAUUCUCAAAUUCUUUACAGCUCCAAGCUGUACAGAUUCUUCAAGUAUAUUGAGAAUCGAGAUGUUGCUAAAACAGUGUUAAAGGAACGAGGCCUGAAAAACAUUCGCAUCGGAAUUGAAGGUUACCCUACCUGUAAAGAAAAAAUUAAGAGAAGACCUGGUGGCCGGUCUGAAGUUAUCUAUAAUUAUGUGCAACGGCCCUUUAUCCAGAUGUCAUGGGAAAAGGAGGAAGGAAAGAGUCGCCAUGUGGAUUUCCAGUGUGUCCGGAGCAAAUCGCUCACUAACCUGGUAGCUGCUGGGGAGGACAUUUGGGAGGACCAGGAGGCACUCAUGCACCACCCGCCCCAGGUGGACGAACUUGACCGGCUAAACGCUCCCCUUUCUCAGAUGGCUUCCAGUGACGCUCAGGAUUAGGGCCAGUUGUGGGUCCGCCCUCAUGUAGCUCUGUGUGGGGCUCUCCCGCCAGGCCGCCCCAUAUUCCCUGUGCUUUGUCCUCCCCAUAAUUAACACGUCCUUUUCAGGAAGUCUGUGCC